GCGCUAGACACGCAGCUAGCGUGUGUGCUGAGUGUUUCCAACAAGAACAGGUUGAACCCGUAUCCGCUUUUCCUCAAGGAAAUCGACAGCGGGUCCAAAUGAGCAAAAGGGCCGCCACACGGAGCACAGGUUCCGAUCAUCAGGCCAGUGUUGGCGCACGUGCAGAAACGGGUUCAUUCCGUAGCAUCCGUUUAUUCUUAGUCUAUUGGGCUUUUUUCUCACCGUGCUUUGAUUAAAUUCCAUUUUCUGCUCACAUCAAGGAGAAACGAGUAAACUGGUGUGUUUUGUAUUUUUUCUUAAAGACAAAUUUACGGUGGCCAUGAAGUGCAAAUCACAAACAAACAAAAAUACGAAACGUAAUGACAAUAAGAGAAAACACAACGACAUUAAAAGGAAACACAAGGACAUUAACAGGAAAAGGUAGGGACCAGGUCUUGUUUCUGAUUGGUCACAAGCUAAGUCAGUCUAACUUUAACUUCCUGUUUUUAAGAAAACCGUUAAUAGUCCCGCAGUGGGGAAAUUACUUCUCACAACAGCAGUACAGAUUAGAGGGAAUACAGCGACAAAACAGUUUGUGUUGGCACAGUACAACGCAGUACAGUACAGGCAGAGUGAGUAUGAGUCUCUUCCUGUCCCUCACUGUGAUGCUGCUGCUCCAGCAGACCUACAGUACAGGACGGCUGAUGCCACCACAGAGUCAUAGAAGGUCUUCAGGAGUGGCCCCUCACUCCAAAAGACCACAGUCUCCUCAGCAGGAACCAAGUACAACAAAGGAAUCCAGAUAUCACCACUAUGACCAAGGUGAUGUUUUUUCAUCAGCAUCAAAUAUAGAGAUUCAUCAGAAAGUUUGCAUCCAAGAGAAACCUUACUGCUGUGACCAGUGUGGAAAACGUUAUGCUCAGAAUAGUGCUCUAAAGAAACACCAGCUCAUUCACACUGGAGAAAAUCGUUAUAGGUGUAAUCAAUGUGGCAAAUCCUUAUUUUUCAUUGGCAAUUUCAAGGCUCAUCAACGUGUCCACACUGGAGAGAAACCGUACCAGUGUGUUGAGUGCGGAAAAGGUUUUACUCAAAAUAGCUAUCUAAGGCAACACCAGUAUGUUCACACUAAAGUAAAACCUUAUCAGUGUGAUGAAUGUGGCAAAUCAUUUGCCUUCAAUCAGACUUUAAAGAUACAUCAGCGUCGUCACACUGGAGAGAAACCAUAUUGCUGUGAUCAGUGUGGAAAGACUUUUACUAGCAAUAGUAAUUUGUUUAUUCACAAGCGUGUUCACACUAGAGAAAAACCCUACUCGUGUGAUCAAUGUGGGAAAUCCUUUGCGAUCAGUAGCAAUUUAAAGCAUCAUCAGCGUGUCCACACUGGCGAGAAACCUUAUUGGUGUGAUGUUUGUGGGAAAUGUUUCAGUCUGAAUGUCAAUCUAAUGCAUCACCAGCGUGUUCACACUCCAAUAAAACCCUACCUCUGCUGUCAGUGUAUAAAAUCAUUUGCUACCAGAACCCAUUUAAAAAGUCACCAGCGUAUUCACACUGGAGAGAAACCCUACUGCUGCCAACAGUGUGGAAAAUCUUUUACUACCGGCAGUGGUUUAUACAACCAUCGGCGUGUUCACAAAGAAAAAAAAAAGUUUACUUGAGAUGACUCAACAUUCAGACAAUAGGCAGCUCAGUGAAUAGAUGUCUAUCUGUGCAAUUGUUAAUUAGCUACAGGAUAUUUAGUAAACUUUUUGUUCUCUGAGCUUUGAUUAUAAUAUUUUAAUAACAAACCAUCUAAGCUCCAAUUAUUUGUAAGGAUACGCUAUUAUGCAUUUUAUACUUAAAUUGCAACUCAUUACUGCUGUGCCCAUGCUAAAGGGUCAUUGUCAGUGCAACAUGUAUACAUGCAUAAAAGACAAAAGCAGUCUCUAGACUUCUUAUGUGUUUGGAACACACAUGGCAGAUCCACAUGUGUAGUACACACAUAGUAGUAUGCUGAAUGUGCAGAUGCCCAGCAAUUUCAUGCAGUUGCCUUAAUUGGUAAUAAGUAUAAGUUAGGUAUAAGUUAUAUAUCAACAAUAUUCUUAUUUUUGGUGCAGUAGGUGGAUCAUGGACUGUCCUGACAUCUGUACCUUGUAUACAUGAACAUAUGUGUGUUUAAUGUUAUCACAUGUUACAAAGUUACACUUUAAUGUGCAAUCCUCAAAUGUAUACAAUAAUAUUUGACCGUCACUGGUGAUGUAUAAUGGAGACUCUGGAUCUUUGGAAAUUAUCAGACAUUUCCCACCUUUAUUUUCUUCUAGAUUUUGUGUGACACUUAGACUGAGCUAUUGAUGGACAAUGAUUGUCCAGCAAGUUCAAAGGAGCUAGUUUGCAAAGGUCUUGGUAAACAGUAAACUGCUGCUUGUUAAUCAGUUUUGAAUUAAACUUCAUGUUUGGCCUCUCAUGUCUGACUCAUGUCUAUUACAUCUUAAAUAUAAAAUGUAAACUGGGUGAAAGGCAAAGCAAUAAAUUGAUAAUAAGUCAACCGGAUAUGUUUGGUAUUAAACUUGAAUAAUAAAAUCUUUAGUCCCACAUUUUGGAAGUAUCUGAAAGCCAGUCUGGCCAGAAGAACAUUUACUAAAUGAAAACAAAAGGAAGAGCUGAGCUGUCACAGUAAAAAUGGCUUGUUUUCCACAGCAUCAAGGUGAGAUGAUCACUGAGCACUUUGAAGUGAUUGAAUAUACAUUUAUUUUAAUGGUGCCUAAACAUUUUACUACGGAUUUACACACACGUACACAUUUGUCUACAUCCAGUUUCUCUAAAUAGAAUUUAAAUGAGAUUGUGUCUCAUCCUUACAUUAGAUCAAACGAGGAAAUCAGAUUAAUACAUUUAGGUUUAUAUGGGAUGGAAGGUCCACCUGGUGACGGAGACUGGAAUGAACUGUUCACGUGCUGCAUCCAACACCAAUGUUCUAGCCAUCAAGCCCCAAAUCCAACCACCUCUAGGCUAUGUUAAUCCAAAUCUUUUCAUUAAACCAUUGUAAAGAGUUUAUGGCAUAUACCCAACCCCUAACGUAUCAGACCUAGAUAUGCACUUUCUCAGAUCUUUCCCUACUCCCUGAGCUCUUCAACUCCUUCUAUUAUUUCUAUGAUUAGAAAACCAUCUAGGAAAAAAAUCCCAUCUCAGGUGUUUAGCUUGUUCUUAGGAUGAAUACAUACAGCAAAACCUUAGAAUGAAAACUGGAGACAAAUAAAAAGUGCAACAAACAUUUAUUUAUGACAAGAUUAUAAAACAAAUCUUCAUUGUCUUCUGUCAGAAACAUGUAAAAUAAAUAUUUGUCAUAUAGAUAAACCCUGAUUGUUCAAUAUAUAAAGCUCCAAUAAAAAUAAUAUGACAGUGAAACUCAGCUGAAACUUUAAGUGCUGGAGGAGAAAAAAGGCGGGAGAAAAAAAGGGGAAAAAAAGAAAAUAAAGACAUCUGAUAUCACAGUUCCAUACAUUCAAUAUUCAGUGGAAAACAACUUCACAAGUCAUCAACAUUUCCAUAUUGGAAUAAUCAGAGGUUCCAUCUUUAAAGAACUGAAAGAGGAAGUUCACAAGGAAUCAUUUGCAUUAGAACUGGCUGAGAAAGAAACUUAUUUACUGUAUACACAAAUCUGAAAACGAGACACAUAUGAACAGACAGUGUUCAACAGUGACAACGUUUCUCUGACAGGAUCAAACUGCCACUAUUACACAUCACACAAAGACACUGAGGAACCUGAUGGGUGAUACCAGAACCCAAACCCAGGAUAAAGAGGUCCGGUGAAUGUUGUGUUGAAGGUGUGAAGGUGGAUCAGUUCAUCAGAGGAGACUUUGUAGAAGGACAGAGAACCAGAAGGACAGUCCACAUACACUGCUACUCUGUUAGACAAAGAGGAGGUUAUGGGUGUUUCUUUGCCGUUGUGAGAAACAUAGUAACCAGCACCAGUGCAUCUCAUCCUCCAGGACUUGUUGUUCAUUCCAAACACACAGUCUGUGCUGCCUCCUUUUUUCUGAUUUCUCUGUAACUCACUGAUAUAUAAACCUUUCCUUUCCA